GGACGGGCGCUGAGCACUCUUUCAUAUCACUGCCCAUGCUUUUGGAGUUUGGGGAAAGAUGUCAGAUAUGUCACACAAAAACAUAUAAUUGGACUUAAUUCUCCCUCUGGCUGGACCAUGUGAGAACAACACAGGACUUUCUGUCUCGUCGCAGCUCCGGCCAACAUCUUCCCGUGUAAAAAUACCCCAGGAGUAAGCCUCUUAUGAGGUUCUCUAAAAAACAAUCCCUCCCCUUCCCCCAACCCCUUUCCUCUUCCUAACUGACCAAAAUCCCUGAACCCUCUCCCUAUUUAAAAUUCGACCCCUUUCCCCACCCGGGGUGUUUCAGGGUCGGGAGAGCCGUUUGGUGACUUUCACCCCUGACGUUCCUGUACAAGAUGGCCGUCCUCAAGGUCACAUUUACCAAAACCAAGCGUGACAAGCUGGCCCAGGUGCUCUGGUUGCUGAACUGGGUGUCGGUGAUCACAGGUGUGACCCUGUUCAGUCUGGGCCUCUUCCUGAAGGUGGAGAUCCUCAAGCGGCAGGAGGUGAUGUCCGACGACAUCCACCCUGUCCCCAACAUGCUGAUAGGCGUGGGCCUGGCGGCCUGCGGCAUCAACUUCCUGGGGGGCAAAAUCUGCUACGACUGCGUGGACACGGCAAAGUUCCUCCGCUGGAAGCUCAUCAUGCUGCCCUACAUCAUCUGCACGUUCUUCUUCACCUUCUGCAUCCUGGUGGGGGCGCUCAUGUGUUGCUUCAUGCACUACGAGCUGGAGAGAUCACUCUAUGUGGGCUUGCACAAUGCCAUGCGCUAUUACAAGGACACAGACAUACCUGGGAGAUGCUACCUGAAGCGCACCGUCGACAUGCUGCAGCUCCAGUUUCAGUGCUGUGGAAAUGGGGGUUAUCGUGACUGGUUCCAUGUGCAGUGGAUCAGCAACCGCUACCUGGACAUGACCAAGAGUGAGGUGACGGACCGUUUGAGAAAUAACAUUCAGGGGAAGUUCCUGAUGGACAGCGUCCCCUUCAGCUGCUGUAACGCGUUCUCACCGCGGCCCUGCAUUCAGCACCAGGUCACCAACAACUCAGCCCACCACAACUACGACCACCACACAGAAGAGCUCAACCUGUGGCCGAGGGGCUGCCGCCAAGCCCUGCUGGACUACUACAGCAGCAUCAUGCAGUCCAUCGCCAUCAUCGUGCUCACCAUCUGGCUCUUCGAGCUUUUUGUUCUCACGGGGGUCCGCUACCUCCAGACGGCCAUGGAGAACGUCGUGAGGCUUGGGGACCCUGACUCUGAAUCGGACGGUUGGAUCCUGGAGAACAGCUUUUCAGAAACAGCCCGCUAUAACUUCAACAUUAUCAAGAGUCUGGGCAAGUGCUGUCAUGUCGGUGACGACCCAAACAUUGACGUGCCCAGCACCAGCCAUGUUCAGGAGAACCUGCCCUCAAGGCAGAUACCCCUCCCAAAGUGAUGUGAGGUCAGCUCUAACUCGGCUGUGCUCUAAGGGUACAGUGUGGAAGGCCAUGGGGCUGCCAGUUGGCAUUGAGGCCUAUUAAACAACAAGACAUUUCUAUACACUUGGAAAAUGACAGUUCUACCUGAUCAAGAAGAUACCACAGAAUGUACUCACAACACAGGGAGCAGAUGUGCAGUAUGUGCGUGGCAGUGUGACCCAAAUCAUCUUAAACUGAGUUAUGAUUGUAAGUGAUCUCAAUCUAAAGGAGACAAAAGAUAGGUAAGCUGGCUGCAACAUUGUACCUGUGCCAUAUAGCUGGAAACACAGGUUGGUAAAAAAAAGAGACAAAAACAAAAGAGUAAAGCAAUGGAAUCGCUGAUAUCAGUUAUCAGUGCAAGCAGAGCUGGCAAUCAUUCAUAAAAUGGAGUCCUCAGUG